AUGCCGAAAUCUUUCGUUUUUCUAACUUUGGCGUGCUUCAUACCCUGCCUACUUGGCACUCAUCUGUCCGAGAGGGCCUCUGGAGCACCAAAGGUGACUGUAAAAAAUGGAACUUAUGUUGGUUUUAAUGAUCCAGUACUCAACACAGAUAAUUUCUAUGGCGUAGCAUACGCAGCACCGGCCAUAGGAGACUUGAGAUUCAGACCCCCAACGUCUCUCAAUUCUAGUUGGGAAGGCGAACGAGUCGUAGUUGAUUAUCCCAAGCAAUGUAUUACAACUGGAAAUAACACCUCAAUCGAGCAGAUUCAAAAUAUGUCCGAGGACUGUUUAUAUAUGGGCAUUAUUCGACCGUCGAAUGUCACCAUAGAGAACCUACCCGUUCUUGUUUAUCUUGAUCAAGGUGGAUUUGCAAAUGGUGGUGUUGGCUGGCUUCCAGACUUUAAUCAAACUGGCAUUGUACAACGUUCCGCGUUCAUUGGACACCCUAUCAUUGAAGUCUCCGUCAACUCUCGACUAGGUCCAUGGGGCUUCAUGUACAGUCAAGAGAUCCAAGAUACUUUGAACACAAACUUGGGAUUAAGAGACAUGCGAUUUGCUCUCCAGUGGAUCCAAGAAUACAUUGCAGCUUUCGGUGGUGAUCCAAAUCGCGUCACAAUUCAGGGCCAGAGUACGGGUGCUCAAUCAGUUGGUCUUCAACUUCUCGCAUACGGGGGAAAACAUGACAAUCUUUUUCAAGCCGCCAUUUCCGAGAGUGGUGCUCCAGUAUGGCAUGCACCUACAGCAAACGUGGCAUUGUGGCAACCAACCUACAAUGGCUUCGUUAAUGCCGCUGGGUGUGGAAACUCCAGUGACAGUCUCAACUGUCUACGAAGUGUUUCCAACGAGACGUUGGUCGAGAUAUUUGCCAACAAAACACUCAAUCCGUUCGGAAGCAGCGCACCAAGAGAGUACAUGUUCGCGGUUGAUGGAGAUUUCAUCCCAGAACCAAACAGCGGCACGGGAGUUGGUUAUAAAGUCGCAAACACUACGGAAGAGUUGAAUGUUUAUCUCAUUAAAGAAAUGCUUACCAUGGACAACGCAAGUCUUGCAACUCUUGGCUAUCUUUAUCCUGAUAUCCCAGAAAUUGGUAUUCCCUCCACCUACGACGGAAGACCGCCGGCGACCUCGCAAAUGGGUUCUCAGUACAAGCGAGGAGCUUCCAUCGGCGGCGAUAUUAUCAUGCAUGCCCCAACUCGUUUAACUACGCUAUCAAUGGCAUCUUUCAACUCCACAGUCUAUCGCUACCAUUUCAACGUUGGGCCAAACGGAUACACUAAUCUUCAAGGAUCCACACAUGCUUCUGAGGUCGCACUCACAUUUUACGACUUAGACGGAUCCGGCUACACAGUUCCACCAAUCAGUGGGCCAAAUAGAGACAAGCUGCUUCAAAUGGCCAACACGAUGACAGCUAUGUGGAUUGGAUUUGUCUACUACGGAGAUCCCAAUUCUAUAAUUUCUUCUCUUGAUCCAUCUAUUCCUCACUGGCCCAAAUACGAGCUUCCAAACCCUCAGAAUUACGUCUUCACUAUCAAUGAGACGUUAUACACAGAAUCAGACACGUACCGCGCUCCAGGAAUUAAUUACAUGAUGGAUCUUAUGGUCGUUUCAAAGAAUCAGGAUUGCACGAGCAUUGCAGCGUGCGGUGGUGGAUUCAACAUUACCAAUGGGGAAACUGGCGGGGUGUAUGGGUAUUGA